ACUGCCUCCGCGAGAGCAAAACACUUAAUAGAUCUGAAUUUGGCAUGGACGCUUCAUGGUAUAAUCAGGAUUAUGGACAUUGCCCACAUCUGGUCAUAAACCUUCAGGUGUGGUGUCGAGGAAACCUGAGUGUAGAAAUGUCCUUUGAGCUUGGAGGAAAGUGGUGGAUAGGAGGCCCUGAAGGAUUUAAAAAAGAGUUUACCAUCAUUGCUGUCUUGCGUCCUUUUGUUUCCAAAAUAGGCCCGUAUGUAGUCAAGAAAAAUCACAUCCAAGAGCUGUUGACUGGGCCUCUCCGGUCACUGAAGAAGGUGGUGUUGUCUCUGUCCACCGUUAAUAUUUCAUCCGUCAGACCGCACUGUACCCCCUUCCUAUCCACCCUCCACACCGGCUGGCUGGCAUGGCUCCACAGCCGCUCCAUCCAGGGGACCCGGGCCAGAAGAGACCUGCUGGCCACGGCACUGGGAGGAGGAGGUGCCGGACUGGGUGUUCUUAACAGUAUGAACGUUGAGGUCUUGGCCAACAAAUUGGAGGCCGUCACCUCAGGUGUGCAGGGCCUCCUCAACCCCUUGAAUUCAUCCCUGGCCGGCCUCGGGAUGGGGCAGUGGCUCGUGUCAGAGGUGCUGCCCACCUGGGAACAAAUAAAUGAGAAAGACCACCAGGUGCUGUUGCGAGCACUGGGCAUUGAACAAAAUAACGUCUCCCUUGCUCUUAGUUGCAUCCAGGCCCAGAUGUGGGUGCAGAGUGUUGUUGCAGGUAUCCUGAGAGACGGCGACAAUGGUGUCCUCCCCACCGAGAUCCGAAAGAUCGUGUGGGAUGCGGCCACGGAGAAGGAGCGACAGCUCCAAGCCUGGUGGAGGCUCGUCAACUUCACCCACGACCAGGUCCUCAAUGCAGUCAUCGCCCACGUCCUGACCAUAGUGGAGGCUCGCAUCGAAAAGGUCUACCCCAUCGUGGCCCUGGGGGUUAACACAAACGGGUCUGUGGUCUACCCCCUGGACCACCGCAUGUGGGCGAGGGUGUCUGAUGGGAAAUGGCAAUCGGUAGAUUUGGAAGCCUGUAUUUUGGAAAGGGGGCUGGGAUUCAUUUGUGAAGAUGACGCCCUUAAGGCAAGUGAUGUUUGCUUUGACACCAAAGAAGGGGUGUGCCAUUUUGAGAUCAAUCCCCAGAGCAGUAAUAAAACUGUGUUAGUGUAUGUAGGGAAAGGGUGCGUGUGUUUCAGAACGAUGUGUAAAUACGUGCAGAUUAAUGAAGUUCAUAAUCAGACCAUGUUUAAUGACUCAAAUAUGUGUGCUUGCAAUGUAGCUAUUAUUAGAGGCUGUGAUUUUGUGUAUAAACCACCUGCGUUAACUAGCCAGUUGCUAAUUAGAAACUAUACCUUGUAUCGUAGUAUUAGCCCAACCCCCAUCGGUAUGGAUUUGUCACUUGUAAAAGAAAUGUUAGAGCAUGCAAAUUUGCAGCAGCUGUUGGAAAAUGCUAAGACAGAAGCUAAAAAGAUCCUAAUAACUGUACAUCAUGAUGGUAAUGUUAUAAAACAGGUAAUGGAACGAAUUAAGAGGGUGGGAGAACACCACUGGUGGGAAAUUUUCUUUGGCUGGUCCCCCACCGCCACCGGCAUCUUCAACACGCUGCUGCACCCCAUUGUAGUUAUACUGCUAAUGCAAAUCUGUGUGUGCUUUGCUAUGGUAGUGACUUGUUACUGGAUGAGGCAGGUCAAACUCUGCAUUGACAAGCAGGUGAAAGGACUGGGGCUGGCCAAACGCCUCCUACCAUAGUCAAGGGCAAGACUGGGUUGGCCUCUGUGUUUGCCACCAAGAAGAACUUUUAGCUCCGCUGUUGGCUGCAACCCAGUAGGCGUUGAGCGGUGGGGACACACGUCAUACCAGACCUUGAUGUGAGGGAUGGCCUCCUCUGCUACAAGAGGGCCAUCCAGGAGGGGAGGGCAGGCCAAGCAGCCUGUGGUUGGCAGGAAUCACAGAAUGGUUGAGGUUGGAAGGGACCUCUUGAGAUGGUCCAACUCCCUGCUGCUCAAGCAGGGUCACCUAGAGCAGAUUGCCCAGGACUGUGUCCAGUUGGGUUUUGACUAUCUCCACAGAUGGAGACUCCACAACCUCUCUGGGCAAACCUGUUUCGCUGUUUGAUCAUCCUCACAGUAAAAAAGCAAGAGUUAGCAUAAAUAACUUGUUUUUGAACCCCCCGCAUUCCCAAAUGCUAAUGUGAAAAUGCAGCUCUUGUGUGAUUUAAGACUCCUUAAGCAGAGGCAACGGGGAUAAGGAAAGCCAAGGACAGUGUCUUUGGAAGGGAAUGUAAUGCCUGAGCGUGGAAAAGCACCCACUGAAGAUGGCAGAGGUGUUACCAGCCUCAAAGACUUGGAAAGACGAUAAAAGAUGGGCAGAACGGAAGACCCUGUAAUCACCUUGGACUUAAAGGAGCCGAAUCCACGUGGACCUUUGCAGCAACUAUAUCUGGGUUCCCAAGACUCCCAGGACGUCUGGCCAACGGCCUGGUGAGAUCUUGUUUUUGGAGCCUGGACAUCACUGCUUUGCCACUUUGCUUUGUCUAUUUGUGCAUGUACUCAAUAAAAUGUAUCUGUUAGAGAA